AUGACUCGUAAACGCCGUAAUGGAGGACGCGCCAAGCACGGUCGUGGUCACGUAAAGGCUGUAAGGUGCACCAACUGCGCACGAUGCGUGCCAAAAGACAAGGCUAUCAAAAAGUUUGUGAUCAGAAACAUCGUUGAGGCGGCUGCCGUCAGAGAUAUCAACGAAGCCUCCGUCUAUGCUUCAUUCCAGCUUCCCAAGCUCUACGCAAAGCUCCAUUACUGCGUGUCAUGCGCCAUCCACAGUAAGGUAGUGAGGAACAGGUCCAAGAAAGACAGACGUAUCCGUACACCGCCUAAGAGCACCUUCCCAAGAGACAUGCAGAGACCACAAAAUGUGCAGAGGAAG